AGGACGAUCUCCACACCGGGGGCGCUUAUUCCGGGUGAGCGGGUCACGGGUGUAAACCUGGCAGCUGUGUAAGGAGAGCGAUGGCGAGACGCAGAGGAAAGAGUAGCAGCAGUAAACAGGAUGAUAACUGGUUACCUUUAGAGCCGCCUGCGGGACAUUCGUCCCGAGGAUUUAGCGAGUAUGUAAUCCCGGGUGUUUUACUGCUGAUCAUCGCUGUCGGCGGGUCAGCACUCGGCUGGGUCUGUAGCGAUCACCAACAAACCAUCGACAGUCUGUCGGAAACGCUGGCGUCCAUGCAGGCGAGAAUCAUCAAGCUGCAGCAGCAACUAGAGCCUGAUAACGCAGCACAGCUGGCCAGUGAGGGUGGUUUUGAAGAACGCCUGGUGGCUCUGGAAGAUGCCUAUGCUAAAGCACAGAGACAGGUUGAACUUGCCCUUGCCACAUCUGAGCAAAUUAAGUCCAAAGACCUUCAAAACAAAGUGUGGUCCCUGCAAACCGAGAUGAACGACAAACUGGCAGAGCUUCAGCAGAACACAAUCUCCAUCGCUGCCCUAAGUGCAAUUAUUAAGAACAAAAGUAUUGAGUUUGAGGUUGUAAAGCAGAGUGUCAGCACCAUGUUGAGUACUAAUACAGAGCUAUCGCUUCAGAUGUCUGGGUUUUCUAGCCAGCUUUCAUUCACCAAUUUACGUUUGGACGAGCAGAUCUCUGUUGUCGAUGGUCUGAUGUCCCGGUUAGAGGGUCAAAAGAGGGAGAUCAAUGAAAUAAAAGAUUUAUUUGCAACCAACCGGGAAUUACUUGCUACAAAUACACAAGAGGUGAUUGAUAUUAAGGAGCUGCUGGAAUCUGAACAAAUUAAGCGGACUCACAAACUUGAAAGACAGCUGAGGUCUCUAUACCAUCGUCUGGAAGAUCUUCAGACGAAUACAGACAAAAUUUAUGUCCACCUCACAGCUCAGAUGGAGGCUUUACAGAACCAGCGCCUGUCUGAAAAUCAGCAAUCCAGCAGACCUGAAGAAGAGGUUCACAUUGAGGAACAGGUCACCACAUCAGACAACAAAGAGAGAAAAAAAAUGGAAAAUACUAAAGAAAAAGACAAAUUUAGAGAAGAGGUUAAAGUGGAAGAUGGAGAAAAAGAAGAGGAUUCAGUUAAUGGGAAGCAACCAGUUGCUGAAGAAUUCGAACCACAGGAAUGGCCUGUGGAUAAGCCUACAAAAGAGAGUCAAUCUCCCUCAGCCGAAGUGGGCACAGAAACUGAAGUGGGGGCUACUGAAGAACAAAAAGAGCUGCAUAUUUCAGGGGAGAAAGAGACUUUACAGGAGGCACACACGGUCACAAAUGAAAUGAAGGAGACUGUUGAUGAUAAGCUGCAGACAACUUUGGAGGAUUUAGAUCAAGUGACUCUUAAAACAGGGGAAUUUGUGGAUAAGAAAGUGGAAGUAAAUGAGGAAGAUAUUAGAAUUCAUUCAGAAAAGGCAAACAUUGUUACAAGUGAACCAGAGAAGCCAAUAGAGGUGCCUGAUGCAAAUCAGAUUAAUUUAAAUGAUUCAAGCACCACCCCUACUGAAACAGAGGAAACUAGUGCGGUGAAGCAAGAAGAGUUGAAUUCAGCACAGGAAAUGCAGAUGGGUUCAGAGGAAACAGACAUGCCCACACAUAUAAUUGAUGAGGAAAACACAGAUCAUACUGUAGAAGAAAUCCAAAAGAUUUUAAAUAAAAUAUUAACUACAGAAAUAAAGUCCCAGGAAGAUGGUGAUACAGAGCAAGAAUCUGGGACUGCGGUGGAGGAGAUUCCGAUUUUGUCAGAUGAGACAGACACCGCAACAAAUGGGAAUGUAGACGAUCAAAUGAGAGACAUUAUCCCAGCUGAGCCUGAGCAGGAAGAAGUGGAGGAGCCUUUGGCAAAGUCUGCUAAAGAAACAUUAAAAGCAGAAUAAUGGCUGAAGGAGAAACAUGUAACUGCAUAUGAACUACAGUAUUUCUCAUGUUAGUUUCUCAAUUUAAGUUUUAAGGACCUUUGUGUGAAAGUACAGUAUGUGAUCUUCCUAUACUUGUAAGACAUUUUGCCCCCCUAGGGGUUCUUUGAUUAGCCCUCUAAAAGAACAGUUAAAGGCUUUUAUAGAACCCUUAAACACACACUUUAUAUACAAUGAUCAAUUUUUCAAUUAAUCUUUAAGUACAGUGAAGAACCGUUUUUUUUUUUUUUCUAAGAAUGUCAUUUGCACUAAUCUUUAUUAAAAAGACUGUUGGAGA